CCAAACCACUAAGUGCAUGUCAUCUUAAUUGGUCACCCAAAUAAAUAAAGCUCUUUCAAUUCCAUAUUUCUUCCUCUCUUUUUCUCUCUUAAACAACAUCUUCAUUCAUUCUAUACAAAAAGUAGCAAAAUGGGAGCAUUUGACUAUCUUUCUAACCUUUUCAGUGCCACAAGUACAAGAAGAACUAACAGAAACAGAAGAAGACCAAUGCAGACAGUUGAAAUUAAAGUCAAAAUGGACUGUGAUGGAUGUGAAAGAAGGGUCAAGAAUUCUGUUAAAUACAUGAAAGGUGUGAAGACUGUGGAAGUUAACAGAAAGCAAAGCAAGGUAACAGUGAGUGGAAAUGUGGAUCCAAACAAAGUGUUGAAGAAUGUCAAAAACACAGGCAAAACUGCCAUAUUCUGGCCAUACAUACCUUACAAUUUGGUAACUUAUCCCUACAUAACUCAAGCCUAUGACAAGAGGGCUCCUGCCGGCCAUGUUAAGAACGUGGCUCAGGCCGUCGCAGUUCCUAACACGGCCGAUGAACAAAUGGCUCAUCUCUUUAGCGAUGAUAACCCUAAUGCUUGUUCCAUCAUGUAACCUCUCGAAAUAACUAAUAUUGAUUAACUUUGUUUUCAAGCAUUUUAUAAUUUUUGUUGUUGCAUGCGGUA